ACCCGGCGAAGAUGAGGUUAAUUAUAUGGUGCUUUUUGUGUUUUUGCUGCGCGAACGUGCGAUGUAUACCUGUUUCGCUGCUCUACGACCAUAACUUUCCUGAGGUCGUAUACUUGUCCAAAGAGGACGACUUCUCUAGUCCUGAAAUUCGGCUGCGGGAGCCGGUGGUGUUUUUUGGAAUUCCCUUUGAGACGAUAUACGUGAAUUCAAAUGGACUACUUUCUUUUCAAACAGAGAUCCCUCAAUUUAUCAACAUACAAUUUCCUUUGGACUAUCCUAUAAUAGCUCCCUUCUACUCAAAUGUUGACACAAGGAAAGCAGGCACAAUUUCUUAUUAUGAAACAGACAAGCCUUCUUUAUUGCAAAGAGCCACGGAAAAUGUACAUGAAGCAUACAUCAAUUCCGCUGAUUUUCAAGCUACUAGUUUGUUCAUUGUGACAUGGGAUGGUGUUGGCUACUACAAAGAAGGUGAAGACAAAGUCAACACAUAUCAGGUGGUUAUAAUUACUGAUGGUGUGGAGACCUAUGUGGAAUUUUUAUAUCCAGAGAACGGUCUCCAAUGGAUCCAGGGAACUGGCGACAGAUCUGGCUUGCCAGAUGCCAGAGCGCAAGCGGGAAUCAUUUCGCCUGAUGGAAAACUUUUUACACUGCCUGGAUCUGGGACGGAAAAAGUACGCAAUUUGGACAGGUGGUCUAAUAUAGGACUCGAAGGACAAUUCAUUUACAAAGUAGAUGAAAGUGAUAUAAGGGAACCAGAUACUGAAUUUGACAAACAACCAUCGGCAACCCCAACUUCAUGUUCAGAAGCCGCCUCAUAUUGCCAUGUACAGGCGAAAUGUAUUGACUACGAAGACGGUUUUUGCUGCGAGUGCAAUCCAAGAUACUACGGAAAUGGAAAAUAUUGUAUAAUAAAAGAUGUUCCCCUACGAGUCAAUGGGAAAAUUCACGGUAAAAUAAACGAGGAAAAAUUGGAAGGAUUUGACUUACAAUCGUACAUUUCAAUGGCCGACGGCAGAGCCUACACCGCCAUAUCUAGAAUUCCGGAGUCUAUAGGGUUCGAUGUACAAUCUCUACAAAUUUUAGGAAGCGUCAUCGGAUAUCUGUUUGCUAAACCUGUCAAAAAUGCUUUAAACGGUUACCAAUUAACUGGUGGUGUGUUUAACCAUUCAACAGUUCUAACGUUUUUAAAUACAAGUCAAGUGAUUAGAAUCAAGCAAAAGUAUUUGGGAUUAGACGUCUUCGAUCAACUUCGUUUGGAGGCUGAUAUACAGGGGGAAAUUCCUAAUUUACCUCACGGAUCUAAGGUCAUCAUCGACGAAUACCAAGAGCAAUACUCAUACACCAAUCCAGGAGUGAUCCAGAUGACUUCGCAGCGGUCCUUCAGAUACGUAACUCCAACCAACGAGGAAUAUAUUCAGUUGUACACUGUCGACCAAACCUUUGUAUUCGAUUACUGCAAAUUCGAAAACAAAUCGGUGGGGGAGUCCUGGAAACUCAAAGUGGGAAAAAAUUUCAUCAGUUAUGAAACUCGCGAGCAGAUCGUGAGAUACGGAUUGAGCAACAAAAUCACGCCUUUGGGUGAUUACGACCCUUGCGAAGAAGGCCGGUCUCAGUGCACGGCAAACAGCGCGUGCGUCGUCGAAAACGACUCCUUCAGGUGCGUUUGUAGCCCCGGCUAUCAAAACUUCUAUUCCGGAAGCGAGACAGUUUGUGCAGACAUCAACGAGUGUCAAACCGGCCAGCACGAGUGCGACUACAACGCCCAGUGCGUAAAUGUGGUCGGUAGUUAUAGCUGCCAGUGCAAUCCUGGGUAUGAAGGAACCGGCUUCGUCUGCGAGAAUGCCAGGUCUUGCGUAAAUAUCACUUGCAACGAAAACGCGGAGUGUGUGGAGAACAACGACGUGGCAGCUUGUAGGUGCCAGCCAGGAUUUUCAGGGGAUGGGCAAUACUGUACGCCCAAAGCCGGUCACAGUUGCCAUGAAGCUAAUAACUGUUCGCCAUUUGGUUACUGUUACAUCAAUCCAGAUAAUAACAAUUACUACUGCGCUUGCUUGCCUGGAUACGCAGGAGACGGAUACAACUGCGUACAAGUAGAGACCACAACUGGUAAUUUUCCGGAAAUUACAACUACUAUAAGUUCUGUCCGAAAAGAACCUCAAACAUGUUCCGGGGAAAUUUGCUACUGCCCAGAAGGCUACAAAGUGGAAGUGGGGACAAACUAUUGCACACCAACUGAAGAAGUGACGUAUCCAGUUGAGAUUACAACGUUGCCAGAAACCGAAGCUACUUGCGACGUGGUCAACAACUGUCACAGAGACGCCUCCUGUCUCUUCUCCGAUCACCUAAAAGAAUAUGCGUGCGUCUGCAACGACGGUUUCGAAGGAGACGGAUAUAUUUGUGAAGUCGAAUACGUUUCUUGCACCAAAGUCAACAACUGCGACCAACACGCCACUUGCACGUAUGACGAAAACCUGGGGAGGUCCAAGUGUGUUUGCAAUCCCGGAUUUGAGGGAGACGGUUACAACUGCAGCGUUUCAGCAACUUGUAGAUCAGAUGAAGAAUGUCCUGCUCCUGAAAUGUGUGCCUAUAACACUGCUUCUGGACGCUAUGAAUGUUCUUGCAAAGAUGGAUACGUCAGGGACUCUCAACACCAAUGUGUGAUCGUAGGAGGGUCGUGCGGUGGUGGGACCUGCGUCGAAAACGCAGAAUGUGUCUUUGAUGAGAUCUAUCAGACGUUCUACUGUGCAUGUAAACCAGGAUACGUAGGAGACGGCAUCACCGAAUGCAGAGAGAAAGUGGUAGGAUGUGACACUCUGAACAACUGUGGCACCCAUGCCACUUGUCAAUACUUAGAGGAAGCCUUAUCGUACAAAUGUCUUUGCAAGGAAGGCUUCUUUGGAGACGGAAUCAAUUGCUACGCCGAAAGGAACUGUCAUGUUGAUCCUAGUAUGUGCGAUCCACACGCUGUUUGCCUCACAGAUGCUAACCGACGAUACAUUUGCCAGUGCAGCGGAGGAUACGUGGGCAACGGCACCGUAUGCCGCGAAAUUUCUCGACACGAAGGCAACUUCCUCCUUGUGAAUAAAGGUAUGGCUACUUUGAAGAUACCCCUUGAACCAACGAAGACCCUUACGAAAAAAGCCGUACAGGUGAAGGGCUACCAAACGGCGGUAGGAUUGGACGUCGACUGUAUGGAAGGAAGAAUCUAUUGGAGCGAUAUCACCGGCAGAGCUAUAAGAAGUGCCUUGUUCGAUGGUAGCAAAAAAGAGGACUUCAUAAAAGAUGCCAUUGGUUCUCCCGAGGGAUUAGCGGUGGACUGGGUGUCCCGAAACAUCUACUGGACAGACUCGACAAACGACACAAUCGAAGUGGCUAAUUUGGAUUCCAAACUCCGCCGAACUCUCUUCAACACGGACUUGGUGAAUCCCCGAGGAAUAGCCGUGCAUCCUCAAAGAGGGAAGAUAUUUUGGACCGACUGGGACCGCAAGAAUCCAAAGAUAGAGUGGGCGAACGCUGACGGUACGGACAGACAGAUUUUCCUGCGAGGGGACUCGGUUUUGCUGCCCAAUUCUUUGACGAUUGACUACGAUACGGAACAAUUGUGUUACGCAGACGCCGGUUCCAAGAAGAUCGAGUGCGUGCAGAUUGACAACAAAGUGAAGCAGACCAUCGCAGUCAACUGUACUUAUCCGUUUGGUGUCGCCGUGACAGACAAACACGUCUAUUGGUCCGAUUGGAUUUCGAAGAAAAUAGAGGGCGUGGACAAAUACACAUUGAAGAGAGUGCCCCCUCUCCAAGUCCCACUGGAGGGUAGUGGAAACAAGCUAUACGGUCUGGUGGCUGUCGCCAACAGUUGUCCAUCUCUAACCAACGUCUGCCAGUACUACAAAAACCAGUGUCCCCCAGAGCACAUCUGCCUUCCAAACGGCUUGGGCACCAAGAGGUGUCUCUGCGCUUAUAGGUCUGACGCGCUCAAUGAAAGGCCUUCGUGCGUGCUCUAACUUAAUCCAUCAUUUCAGAAAGUACAGUAAAAAUCUAAAAGACAGUUGGUUCUAUGAACUAUUCUUAUCAAACUGAACUCACAUUAUCUUUUAGUUUGGUGCUGUUAGUGCAGUACUUAAGGUUUGUUCAAGUACGUUGUAUUAAAGUUUCUUACUCAACUUUUACUUUGUA